CUCACUUGAAGGACCAAAUUCAUCCCUGACAUCUGUCGCGACAAAAUUCGCGCUCUCUUCGCAGUUUAGCAUUGCGUUCGUACAGAAGUCCUCCAUCGCCUUUCUGAUAAUUCCAGCAUAUCACAUUGAGGACGCUCGUAGAUUGUAGUCAUCUUCGUUUUCCUCCUUCUUUUGUAAUAUUGUUUCGCGUUGGAUUUCUGAUUACUGUGCAAUCGCUGUUUAAUUCCUGCGAAAACCCUAGAAAUUCCACCAGAAUGCCUCAGGUGAAGAUCAUCGCCAAGAAUUUCAUGGAUAUGGUGGCGUCUCUACCCGCCAUGAAGCUUGCCAAGUUAUACGAGAAUGAAUUCAUUUGCGAAGCCAUCCUCAGAUCACUACCGCCUCUGGCGAAGAAGUAUGUGUUGCAGAUGUUGUACCUUGAAGUUCCAGUGACCGGGAAAAUGCUGGAGGAGUGGGUGCUUGCUGAGGGUUUCUCCAAGCACAAAGUAGCAAUUGAUAGAUUGAUUCAGCUAAGAGUUUUUACAGAAACUGAUGACAGAAAAAAGGAAACCACUUACAGACUAAAUCCGAAGUUUCAGACUAAUCUUCAGAAGCAUCUAGUACACGGUGGAGUUUUGCCAAGGGAACCAAUGCCUCCAAAUGUUACCGUGAGGCUCCCAAGCUUGGAGGAUCUUGAGGCCUAUGCCCUUGGACAAUGGGAGUGUUUCUUAUUGCAACUGAUAAGCUCGGCCCAGGCUGAAAAGCUGACUAACUUCAGCUCUUCUAUGAUGAAAGUUUUUCAGCGAGGUCUAUUGACUCAGAGGGAUAAAGAAGCCCCUAGAUUAACUGAGAGUGGUUUUCAGUUUUUGUUGAUGGAUACGAAUGCACAACUUUGGUACAUCAUGAGAGAGUAUAUUUCAAAUUCCGAGGAACGAGGUGUGGAUCCAGCAGAUUUGAUUUCUUUUCUCCUGGAGCUUAGUUUUCAUGUUACUGGCCAGGCUUAUAAUGUAAAUACUUUAAAUGAGGUACAGCGGAGCACUAUCAAGGACCUUGCAGACUUGGGAUUGGUCAAACUUCAGCAGGGUAGGAAAGAGAGUUGGUUCAUACCUACUAAAUUAGCCACAAAUCUUUCAGUGAGCUUAACUGAUUCUUCAACAAGGAAACAAGGAUUUGUUGUUGUGGAAACAAACUUCCGGUUGUAUGCAUACUCAUCAUCUAAGCUGCAUGGCGAAAUUUUACGUCUUUUCGCAAGGGUAGAGUACGAACUUCCAAACCUCAUAGUUUCAGCAAUAACAAAAGAGAGUCUGUAUAAUGCUUUUGAAAAUGGCAUUACAGCAGACCAGAUAAUUUCAUUUCUUCAGCAGAAUGCACAUGCUCGUGUAGCAGAGAGAAUGCCCUCCGUGCCUGAAAAUGUCACAGAUCAGGUAAGGCUGUGGGAAUCAGAUAUGAAUAGGAUUGAGAUGACCCCUGCACAUUUUUAUGAUGAAUUCCCCUCCAGGGAUAUUUUUGAGGGUGCUUGUGACUAUGCCCGAGAAUUAGGUGGCUUGCUAUGGGAAGAUUCGAAGAAGAUGCGUCUUGUCGUCAAUACAGAAAUACACCUGAAUAUGCGAGAGUUUCUUCGUGGACAAAAAUGAGACCAAAUUUAUUUAAAAAUGAACUAUACAGAAUUCACACGAUCAGGCAUGAUAAUGAGAGGUCUGGUGAAGAUAUGUUGGGCUGUCGACUUCUAAGUUAUAACAGUUGUUUGGGCCAGAGUGGUAUUGGGUUUGGAUCUCCCGAUGAAGUUGUAACAGAAAGUAUAAAUCUAUUGAAAAUUUUGGUCGCAAUGCCUUAUAAUCAUGAAGAGGUUUUUUUCUUUUUUCUUUUUUUAUUUUAACGAGGAACAUAGGUUUUGGCUCAUGUAAAUUUCAGAAACUUAGAUCGCCAUACUCUCUAAGUAUCUGAUAAAUCGUAAGUAUCUGAUAAAUCGUAAGGUGUUUGUAACGUGUUGACAGGAAGAUUCAUCCCCAACCAACUCGUCGUGAAGAGUCUAUUUUAAAAUCUGUAACCGUUAAAGUUAAAUUCAUUAUUCCGUGGAGAAUUUUUUAUAACAGGAGUUUCAACUUUCAA